AUGGGAGAUCAAUUUAGGGGUUCAACAACAGCCAUUGAUUCCUCUAACAUUGGCUUUCAGCUCUUGAAGAAGCACGGGUGGAAGGAAGGAACUGGCCUUGGGAUUUCUGAGCAGGGGAGAUUGGAGCCUGUGCAAACAUAUUUGAAGAAUAACAAGCGUGGACUUGGGGCUGAUCAUAAUAAGAAAUUACUUGUGAAGAAGAAUAACACGACCGAGUCUUCUUCUGCCCCGGCUUCUUCUUCUUCCUCUUCCUCCAAGGACAAAACCAGCCAGGAUCGCUCUUCUUCAAGGAAAUCCAAGGCACUGUCUAAGAAACAAAGGAAGAUGCAGGAGCUGGAGAAGCGUUUACAGGAUAAGGAAUUUGAGCGGGGUUUCUUUCGCGAGUUUUGGCCUGAUAAUGUUUGACGAUGGAAAUAGAUCAUCCAUCCCUUUUAGAAUGCCUCGGCCUAGGUUUUGUACAGCAACUCUGGAAUUAUUUCAUGCCAAAAUUUGCAGGCAGGACGGGUCCUUGUUUCUUUCUGUAACUCAAAUUUUAAAUGUUAAACGUAUGGUGUUCAAAAUCAUACCAUCAUGCAAUGGCCUUUUUACUUUCCAGGCCUUUUAAAGGAGGAGGACCUCUGCUUCCUUUCUAUACAGUAUGUAAUUCCUUUAGCAAAACAUCUAUGUGCUUCAGCAUUUACAACUUGCAGAAGAAUCGGUCUUGGAUAAUUCAUUUCCAUUUCUUGUCAUCCUGUUUGAUGAGCUGAACAGGAGCGACUGGUAUCCUGACCCACCAUUCUCUUAAUCGUCUCAGCCACCUAUCACUGCUUUCUUUUCUGUAAGGCAUUUCCCUUGUGAAAGCUUCUAGAAAUACCAAGAGAAUCAGAUGCUGCAGAGGCACAAAUGCAAGCACAGCAGCUACGAAAACCAGCAAUAGAGCAACCCUUUCUGUGGCCUGGCAUAAAGGGGAGGCAUCAAUUAGCAAGUUUAUCAUGAAACAGGACUUGGCUAUUCUCAGACUUCCUGUCCACAUGUACACUUUCAAAUGAGAAAAGCUUUGUUUUGCAGCUUCUGAUUUCAUAGGUAUUGACUACCAACUGACCAUUUUGUAAUUCAUCUAUGCUUAUGCUAUUAAAUAAAUGCAUUAUCCUAUUAGUAUAUGGAUUUUCAA